GUUAAAGCUCUGAGAGUGGUAACAAGGUGGAAGGUUCUCUUGGAUGAAAGGACUUGCUCCCCAAAAGUGAAACGAAUCCGGUAAAAACAUGACAAUUGAGUGUAUGGAUAAGUGACCCAAGGUGAUUGACAACCCAAACAAACCAUGAAAAUCGGGAUGGUUCGGUUCAGGUUAAGAGCGGUUUUCGGGCUCUUCUCCCUCACUUUCUUGUGCAGUCCAGGUUCGAGUUAUGAAUUCAAUGGCGGUUUUCCUGCCUCAUCAGGGUUGGUGAUGGAUAAACCUCCGAAAAGUGCACAUGAGCUGUUUCAUCGACCAUUACCAAAUAUAAUCAGUCGAGGGGAAACCAUUCGUGCUGCGGUGGGAGAGAAGGUCACCCUGCCGUGUGAAAUCAAGAAUCUUGGAACUUUCGUGCAAGUCUGGCAAAAGGGUGACGAUGUGCUCACAGCCCAAAGUCUAAUGGUUACCCCGGACCCGCGUUUCCACCUGGUAUCCAAGCACAACCUACAGAUCUCUUCAAUCCGCUCACAAGAUGCCGGGGACUACACGUGUAAAAUUUCCAUGAUGGGUGAGCCCAUCCUGAUCACACACACACUGGAAAUCCUAGUUCCACCCUCAAUUCGUCCGGAUCCUCCAGACGGAAAUUACGUUGUAAAGAAGGGCCGAAGAGUGGAACUCCGUUGUUUGGCGUCUGGAAACCCGGAUCCAACCAUUACAUGGUCCAGACAGAAUAAUUUAUUACCCAGCGGCGAGAAGGCACGAGUGUCAAAGACCCUGAUUAUUGAUUCCGUGGACCGACAUGAAGCGGGGACAUACGUUUGUGAGGCCACCAACGGCGUUGGAAAUCAACGAGCUCAAGCUACCAUCCAACUACAGGUUCUUUAUCCGCCUGAAAUCGAACUCGAGACUGACCGGGUCCACUCUGGGGACAACAAAGAAGCUCAUUUGACUUGCCUUAUCCAUGGGAACCCCACUCCCAAAGUGAGAUGGUACAAGAACAGCAUGUUGUUGGAUCCCACGGACACGAUCCGCAUGACAAGUCGGGCCAAUCGCUACACACUCAUCCUCAACUCGAUCCGCUCGGGAAUGGACUUCGGAAACUAUUCCUGCGUCGCCGAGAACUCAUUAGGAACCUUCAAGAAACACAUCGAGGUCCAUGGACGUCCCACCCCGGCCGUGUUCAGAUCGCUGCCGGAGGCCGGAGGUCGGGAAAGCUAUCUACUCACGUGGACCGUAGAUAGCUAUUCGCCCAUCGAGGAAUAUCGCUUGCUUUAUCGUCAGAUCCAACCCUAUCAUCAGGUGAGCGAUGACAUGUUGCUCCAAGGCGGGGGUGAUUGGACCAAUGUCAUCAUUCCUGGCAACCCGAAUAGCUACUCUUUCAAUCACCGACAAAGCUACGAGAUCACGAAUCUGAAGCAAGACGCGGAAUACGAGUGUCUCGUGCAAGCUCGGAACAUGUUUGGUUGGAGCGAAGCCAGCAGAAUCUUUCACUUCUUUACGGGCAAACGAGGCCCUGCCAUCCGCGAUUUGGAAUGGAAGAGCAACUCGGAAAGUUCGCUAAUGCGUCGCUCCCAAAGGACACUCACAAUUGUCAUCUUCCAUGUUUCAGUCUUGUUCCUAAUCCAUUGGCUCUGAGGAAGAGCAAGCACGUCUAUGAAGAAGGAGGAAAUGAUGAUGAUGGUGCUGUUCCACCAAUCAUAAGUUGUGUCAGUGCCGGGUGGAACUCUUGCUCAAGUCUCGACUGAAGGACACCAACGCCUUCAACAAGCUUUGUGUUCGUGUUCAUUAAAACAAACUCCUAUGAAUGAGAGUGAGAGUGAAAACUUGUUCUGAAACAGAAACUACCCGCCGAGGAGGCGGAACGAGACGAAGAAACCUUCUCUCUCUCUCUCUCACUCUCUCUUUACCUCUCUCUCUCUUCCUCCCCGUGGUAUAUACUGUACGUACAAUACAGAGAGACGACAAAAAUACGGGCAAAUAAAACCCAAGGUGGAGGACGUGAAGCUGCACUGAAAUCACCCAAGAUGAAGACAGGCCGCCGCCUCUCUGGAUCUGUGUGUCUUUGAACAAUUCUCCACGUUGGCAGCAGCGGCUGCCGAGUCUUGGAUGUAAUAAUGAUGAUGGAAACUCCAUCUACCACGUAUAACACAGUGCAGUGCCCACUACCGACCCCGUGUAGCGUACAUGUAGUGGUACACUUCUACUUUCAUGGUCUCUUCUUAUCUCUUUUCUCCUUUGUGUGGCAGAGCGAGCGGACAAACUGAGCCAGGAAAAGGAACAACUGGAACAGCAAAAAGUGCACAACCACUCAUGAUACUCUCUCUCACAACAAGGAGGACCAAAAAAAUAUGAUUCCAGACAUCUUCAUUACCCGCGACAAGAGCCGAGGAGUGAAGAUCUGAUUUGAACUCACGUGUUCACAUUCUUUCUUACCUGCUUAACCAACCCAAAUGUAUUACCAUAACCAUUCUCAUGACGGAUAUAGACAUAGUUCUCUCUCAGUCGGUGUUGUUCACACUCACUGCUAAGUCAAGAUGUCAAAUAUAAGAAACGUUUUCGAACACUC